CCUCGCACGCUGUCGAUGGUGUUUAUGCGAUUCCGCCCCCAGCUUAUCGCCUCCUCCCUCUCCCGAGCCCCUAAACCCAGCAGAACCCUAGCCCCACAGCCCCUCGCCGCCGCCGCUGCGCGCCGCCGCUCCCUCACCGCGACCCUCUCUUUCUCCUCCUCCUCCUCCAUGGCCGGGGCAGCACCCUCGGAGGAAGCGCUCCGCCGGGCGCUGGCGGAGAGGCAGACGGCAGUGGACGCGCAGGCCGAUGCCGUGCGGUCACUCAAGGCCUCCGGCGCCAAGGAGGGCGUCGACGCGGCGGUCGAGGCGCUGAAGGCGCUCAAGAUCGAGGCUGGCGCGGCCGCGCGCAGGCUGCAAGCCGCCGUCGGGUCCGGCGGCGGCGCCGCGCGGGAGGAGAUGCGGCAGACAGUGGUGAACACCCUCGAGCGGAAGCUCUUCUACAUACCUUCGUUCAAGAUCUACCGCGGCGUCGCCGGCCUGUACGACUACGGGCCGCCCGGGUGUGCGGUCAAGUCCAACGUCCUGGCCUUCUGGAGGCAGCAUUUUGUUCUGGAGGAGAAUAUGUUGGAGGUUGACUGCCCCUGUGUGACACCUGAGGUUGUCUUGAAGGCAUCAGGGCAUGUCGAGAAGUUCACCGACCUCAUGGUUAAGGAUGAGAAGACAGGCACAUGCUAUCGUGCUGAUCACCUGUUGAAAGAUUUCUGCAAGGACAAGCUUGAGAAGGAUCUCACCUUGUCCCCUGAGACGGCUGCCGAGUUUAAGCGCGUCCUUGCUGUGUUAGAUGACCUCUCACCAGAGGAACUCGGUGCAAAGAUCAAGGAAUAUGGCAUUGUUGCCCCUGAUACAAAGAACCCACUCUCUGCUCCCUACCCAUUCAAUCUUAUGUUCCAGACAUCAAUUGGCCCAACAGGUCUUAGCGUGGGGUAUAUGAGGCCAGAGACUGCACAGGGUAUUUUUGUCAACUUCAAGGACUUGUACUACUACAAUGGCCAAAAGCUUCCCUUUGCAGCAGCUCAAAUUGGUCAAGCAUUCCGCAAUGAGAUCUCUCCACGUCAAGGUCUUCUACGAGUGCGUGAAUUCACAUUGGCCGAGAUUGAGCACUUCGUAGAUCCUGAGGAUAAGUCACAUCCCAAGUUUGUUGAUGUUGCUGAUUUGGAGUUCUUGAUGUUUCCGAGAGAGCUGCAGCUCUCAGGGGAGUCAGCCAAGUUAACGAAGCUUGCAGAAGCAGUUUCGAAGGGAACUGUUAAUAAUGAGACACUUGGUUACUUUAUUGGAAGGGUCUAUCUUUUCCUGACACGUUUGGGAAUUGAUAAGAGCCGAUUGCGCUUCAGACAGCAUCUACCCAAUGAGAUGGCUCAUUAUGCUGCUGACUGCUGGGAUGCAGAGAUUGAGUGUUCUUAUGGAUGGAUAGAGUGUGUGGGCAUUGCAGAUAGAUCUGCAUAUGAUUUAAAAGCUCAUUCUGAGAAAAGUGGCGUUCCACUUGUUGCUCAUGAAAAGUUUUCAAAGCCUAGAGAAGUUGAGAAACUUGUUAUCGUGCCCUCAAAGAAAGACCUAGGGCUUGCUUUCAAGGGCAAUCAGAAGAUGGUGGUUGAAGCAUUGGAGGCUAUGAGUGAGAAGGAAGCAAUGGACAUGAAGGCUGCAUUGGAAUCUAAGGGGGAGACGAACUUCCAAGUUUGCACACUUGGAAAGGACGUGGUGAUUACAAAGAAAAUGGUAUCAAUCGGUAUGGAGAAGAAGCUGGAGCACCAGCGAGUCUUCACCCCCUCAGUUGUUGAGCCCUCAUUUGGCUUAGGGAGGAUAAUCUAUUGUCUGUUUGAGCAUUCCUUCUACACAAGACCUAGCAAAUCAGAAGAGGAGCAGCUGAAUGUCUUCCGGUUCCCUCCUAUUGUGGCUCCUAUCAAGUGCACUGUGUUCCCGCUGGUAAAGAAUCAAGAGUUUGAUGAUGCCGCCAAAGUGCUUGCUAAAGAAUUAACAGCUGCAGGCAUAUCACACAUUAUUGACACGACUGGCAUUUCUAUCGGGAGGAGGUACGCAAGAACGGACGAGAUCGGUGUUCCUUUUGCAGUAACCGUGGAUUCUGCAACAGAGGUGACGAUCCGAGAGAGGGACAGCAAACAGCAGGUGAGGGUGGGCAUCGACGAGGUGGCAUCCGUGGUGAAGGAGCUGACAGAAGGCCAAAGCACCUGGACCGAUAUUUCAUUCAAGUAUCCCAGUCAUAUCGGCCCCCAAGGUGACCAGGAGUGAGUUGCCUGGCUACAGUUUGCACCGUCCCCGUCCAGAUCACCAAAACGUCAUUCAUCUUCCAGUUGCCUGGUUCAUACCGUUCUGCUGUUGAUGGCACCGUCCCUGCCCGUACUUAGUUCACCCAUUGUCAUGAUCUUACCUAUACAUUUGAAGAAUGUUUUACCAUACACAUACAAUGGAAUUGACAUCAUCUACCAUACAUUUUGAGUCUUAAGGAGUACGUCAAGUUGUAAUGAAGCUAUUGAAUUUUCAAUCUUUCACCUACUUGUGGCA